AUGUUCAUUUUAAGUACAUUUCAUUUUAUCAAUGAUGUAGGCAACUUAAGUUACGGUGGAUUGAAUUUAUCCAUUGAAGGCCCAAGUAAAGCUGACAUUGAAUGUCAUGAUAAUCAAGAUGGUACAUGUCUGGUGACUUAUCGUCCUACAGAACCUGGCACCUAUAUAAUUAAUGUGAAAUAUGCUGAACAACCUGUACCAGGAAGUCCAUUUGUUGUGCAUAUCGGGGGUGAACCAUCACUUAGAAUGAUGGAACGCAUAACACGACAAAGAGAACUUGCUGAUGCAACAUAUGUUGGUAGUCAAUGUGAAUUAAAUUUGAAAAUUCCAGGAAUAAAUAUUCGUGAUUUAACAGCUAAUGUAACUAGUCCAUCAGGUGCAACUCAACGAUGUGAUGUUUUAGCUACAGAUGAUGUGAAUUAUACCAUUAAAUUUGUACCACAAGAAAUGGGUGUACACACAGUGUCAGUACGUCAUCGAGGAUCACAUAUUUCUGGUAGUCCAUUCCAAUUUACUGUUGGCCCGAUUACAGAAGGUGGAGCGCAUAAAGUACAUGCUGCUGGUCAAGGUUUACAAAAUGGUUUAACUUAUUCACCAAAUGAUUUCAGUAUUUAUACACGUGAAGCUGGUGCCGGUGGUCUGUCGAUUGCUAUUGAAGGACCAAGUAAAGCAGAAAUUAAUUUCGAAGAUAGAAAAGAUGGUUCAUGUGGAGUUUCUUAUCGUGUCACUGAACCAGGUGAAUAUUUAUGUUCGAUUCGUUUCAAUGAUGAUCAUAUUCCUAAUUCACCAUUUCGUGUUAUCAUUAAUGAAGCAAUGGAACGAACAUUUUAUACACCUGAAACAAAAUUAUUAAAUGUUACAAGUAUUCAAGAUCGUGGUCUAUCGAUUGGACGUCCAACUGCAUUCACUGUUAAUUACUCAGGAAUGACAGGUAGAAUGAGAGCAUAUGUAGUAGCUCCAUCUGGAAUACAAACAGAUGCAGUUGUACAUCAAGUGGAUGUUGAUCAACAUGCAGUACGAUUUACACCUCAUGAAAAUGGAGCACAUUCGGUGCAUGUGUUAAUGGAUGAACGCCCAAUACCUGGAAGUCCAUUCCGUGUAUUAGUUGGACAAGAAGAAACUGGUCGUGUUACAGCUAGUGGAGAGGGUUUAACUCAUGGACGAGUUGGUGAACGUAAUCGAUUUUUCGUGAACACUGUCCAAGCUGGAAGUGGUGCUUUAUCAGUUACUGUAGAUGGUCCGAGUAAAGUUCAAUUAAAUUGUACUGAACGAUCAGAUGGAUAUGAUUUUACUUAUUUACCAUUAUCACCUGGUGAAUAUCUGAUCAGUAUUAAAUAUGGUGAUUCACAACAUAUUAUAGGUUCACCAUAUAAAGCAAUUGUUACUGGAGAUGCUGUACAUGAAACAAUCACAGCCGAUACAACACAUGUUGUAGUAGAAACAGGUGGACGUUUAGUGAAUGGACCACAUGCUAAUUUUGGUCCAUCUAGACCAGAUCGUGUUACAUGCUCUGGACCAGGAUUACAACAAGCAUAUCUUAAUGAAACGAAUACAUUUACAGUGAAUGCAUCACAAGCAGGUCAUGAUGUGCUGUAUGUCGGUGUAUCUGGACCAGUUGUAGCCUGUGAAGAAGUCAACAUCAAACAUAUGGGUUAUGGUCGAUACUCGAUUAGUUACACAGUACGUGAUCGUGGACGUCAUCUAAUCAUGAUUAAAUGGGGUGAACAACAUGUACCAGGCAGUCCAUUCACUGUGGAUGUUAUUUAAGAAGAACAAAUUAAAAUAUCUCUUCUCCUUCUCUGUUUGUUUUCGUUUCUCACUCUUCAAAUCAAUUAAUUUGUAUUACAACUUAAUUCAACCGUGAAUGUAGUAGUACUACUUACUAAUCACGAAAAAAAUUCACAUUUUAUACAUAUACAUAUAUAUAUACAUAUAUAUGCUUAUUGAAUUUUGCUUUUGAAUGAACAAACAAACAUACAAUUCAGACAAAUAUUCGUUUACAUGAAUCUAAUCAUCUUAUACUACUUACAAGUAGUACACAUACAAAAAAGUCAGGUGAAUUAAUUGUUUGCAAGAGAAAAAAGGAAAAUCCUGCAAAACAUACCGAAUUUCGGAAAAAUACUUAUCAGUCAAUCAAUAAAAAAAAUAUGUGCUUUGCUUUUUAUCCUCUUCAUAAUAUUAUAUAUAUAUAUAUAUUGUUUGAUUUCUAGGCUUUUCUGAAAUUCUUUUCCUCCUGGUUUUCUUUACGCAUGACUUCCUUCAACUUUAAAGAUGGCGCUAAUCAGUUAAACAAAGAAAAAGACUGUUCAUUAUUCAAUAGAUAGAUAAUAAAUAUUACAUAAAAAGUAGUUAGCCUGUCAAAAAUCUAAACUGAUUAUUAUUAUUAUUACUAUUAAUACUAUUUACAAAUGUGAAUACUUGUCAACUGAAUAGAUUUGCAUGUUACACAUAUAUAGUAGUAAUCACGCACAAGUGUACCGCUCACUUUGAAAUUGACCGAUUGAUUACUGCUUCCUUCACAAUUAUUGUUCUCUCUCUCUCGCCCCCGCCCUACUUUUUGUCUUUAUCUCAUGCGAAAGAGCUGACACAACCUAUUCAUCAUGAUUGUUAUUUAUAUAUACGAUAUUUUAAAUCUACUUGCGACUCUUUCUUAUUCGUUUAAAACAAAACACUAUUAUUACCCUUGCAAUAAAAUAUUCCUACCCCCUUACAAUGUGUGUUCUAUUAUACAGUUUGAAUGAAACAACCACAACCAUGUUAUGUGUUGUUGAGGGUGGUUUUCUCACCAAAACUCUAAACACACCCUAUUGUUCCUACUAAUUCUGUUAGUACUUAUUAUUAUUAUUGUUAUUGUGGCGAUGUUAUUUUCAUUUCCCCGCAAUGUCUCAGUUAAUUUUAUUAUGACAUAUAUAAAAUAACCUAAUCCCUCUUGUGCUAAAUCGUUCCCUUAAUUGAAGAAAUUUUAGUUACACAAUAAUUUUCUUUGCUUGCUUCUUGUUAUUUUAUGAAUAAUUUUGUGUGGGCUAAUAGAUGAUGCAGUCAGCGAUGAGAGAAGUUCGAGACGGAAAAUAGAAUUCAUCAUUAUGAAUUGUUUGAUUAUUGAAUAUAAUUUUAAUUACCUUUUU